AUGAAGAUUGGCCACAUAGUUACCGCCACAGCGCUUGCUGUGAUCACUGCAGCUAAGCCGCACCACAUGCACCGCCACGCUCAUGCUCACGAUCCGGUCAAGCGCGGUACCAUGUUCACGCCUGCAGCGACCGAGACUCAUAUCGUAUACUGGCUCGAUGAUCAUUCAAUCACAGAAGAAGAGGCCCGUGAAGGUAUCGCUAACGGCACUCUGAAGUGGGGCACUGAUGGUGUUCUUUCGACAUCGACUAGUAGUCCUGUCGCACUGCCUACUCUGCCUCCAGCUUCCAAGCAUCAAGUUCCAGCCGCCGAUCCGACACCAGAACCCACUCCUAAGAAGGCUGCCGAACAGCCCAAGCCUGUUGCGCCCGAACCGCAGAAGCCCGCGCCAACACCCGAAAUGCCCCCAAGCGACCCUACACCGAGUCCCUCCCAGGAUACGACACCUGUUCAGCACUCCGGCACUCCGCGUCCCUGGAUAGACAUGGUCGACAAGGAUGGUCACUGUGCUGAGUGCGACAAAGAAUUCCCAAACGGCAAGAUACGUUGCACUGAGUUCCCUCACGGAUAUGGCGCCUUGCCUAUCGCCCAUGAGGGAUUGGGAGGCUGGUCCGGUAUCCAAGAUCCCCAAUAUUCCGGAGGGGAUGGUUUCGAUGACAUCACAACCGUUCCGAAAGGUUCAUGCUCGGAUGGUACCUGCUGCACGUCUGGCAGCUUCUGUUCCUAUGGCUGUCCGAAUCCGUAUCUCAAGGCUUCGUUCCCCUCGAUUCAAGGUAGGACGGGUCAGAGUGUUGGUGGCUUGUACUGCAAUGAAGACGGGUUCCUGGAGAUGGCCGACGGCAAGAUCGCCAAUACCCUCUGCGUUCAAGGAUCAAAGCACAUGGGUGUGAAAGUGCAGAACAAACUCUCAAAGUCUGUCUCUUUCUGUCGCACAGACUAUCCCGGGACCGAGUCCAUGACUUUCCCAGUCACCGUCGGCCCUGGUGAGACCGGCUUCCUAGCCAAUCCCGAUCAACAGAAGUAUUUCUUUUGGCAAGGCAAGAAGACUUCAGCUCAGUACUACGUCAACAAACAGGGCGUACCUGAAGACGAGGCUUGUACGUGGGGUACAGAAAUGGGAGGCAAGGGCAAUUGGGCGCCAGCGGUCUUUGGAACAUCUUUCGAUGACGGUCCAAUGCAGGAAGGUUUCUCCAGCCUGAAACAAAAUGAGCUAUGCAAGAAGGAGCGACUUGGCUACGACAUCACCUUCAUCGGCGAUGGCGUCGUGUCUCCUUGCCGGUACAAGAGCGCCACAAACCAGUGGUGUCAAGGUGACAAGUGUUGGGAAGACCCAGAUCGCGGCUGCACUGCUGCUGUUAUGCAUGGCGAUCUCACUGUUGUACUAUCGGAUGGCUAG